AAUACUGUUAAAAAAAAAAAAACAGAUCGACGACAACACAUGAAAACGAAGCGUGCUCUUUGAAACCUCCAACGAUCCCUUCGAUCUUCUUCCUUCUUCAUGGAGACGGAUCGACUGCGUCUGAGGAAGAAGACUCUUCAAUCGGUCCUCGAGCAGUGCCAGAGAACCCUAGAUCAUCUCAAAGAAUCCGAUCCCAAAAACCCUAACUCGACCGCCAAAGAGAGAGAAGAUGAGGAAGAGAGAGGAUCUGGAGGAGAUUGUUCCAACGAUUCGUCUACCGAUUCCGAUUAUGAUUCUGAUGAGUUAUGUGGUCUCGUCAAGUCGAAAGUUGACUCACCGGACUUUCUUGCAAAGCUUGGGAGCAUCCAUAUGACAGAUGAUAAUGCAUCAUGGGAUAUGAUUGGUGCCAAAGACUUAUGGGAGGACAAGCAUAUUAGUGGGGACAAUGAAUCCGAUCAAGAUGGUUAUGUUCUUGUUAAGCAAGAAGACAUAGUUGAGGGAAUUGCAUGCUUCAUGGCUGCAUAUCUUCUAUCUUUAGAACAAACUAAAGAAUUGACUCCCAAUCAGCUUCAAGAAGUUCUUAGCAAAACAUUUUCUGUGAAGAAGAAGAAAGGUAAGCUUCAGAAGGCUUGGGAUGGAAGCAAAGUCAUUUAUAAUGUUGCAUCAUGGAGUGCAACUGCUAUUGGUAUAUACCAGAAUCCAGCAUUAUUUCAGGCAGCAUCUGUGGCCUUUUUCACCUCUUGCCGUGUGAUAUCAAAGUUCCUAUAAGAAGGCUCUGUUAUGAUGUUCAGCUAUUUCGUGGUGCCUAGAAGUCUCUGUCGUGAAAAUUUAUUUGCUUUACAUUCAGGAAAAAGAAAAUGGAAGGUUGAGCUUUCUCAGUACUUGUAAUCUUUGUACAUUUAUCUGCCAAAUAUUGGAGGAAAUCCUCUACUGAGCUGCUCUAAGAAGUUUCUAUUCUUCAACCAUAUGUACAUAACUACAUACUUGUGGAUAUAUGUAGAUGCUUCUCAAACUGCUACGUUCACUGUGAAAAUAACUGUAUAUUAUCUUGUUCCUUUAGUUCACAUGGUACUAAUUAUUCCUAAUAGAA